AAGAGGUAGGUGGAUUUGCUUCGCAGAUCACCUCCUCCACCGCAACGAGCGAUGUCUUCCCGCAAGAUACUUGUCGGUGUGAAGCGUGUUGUUGAUUACGCGGUCAAGGUCCGCGUCAAGAAGGAUGGCUCCGGGGUGGAUCUCAACAACGUCAAAAUGUCAAUGAAUCCGUUUUGCGAGAUCGCCGUAGAGGAAGCUUUGCGCCUUCGUGAAGCAAAGCAUGCAGGCGAAGUCAUCGCCGUCACCAUCGGCCCGAAGAAAGCUGCGGAAACGGUUCGCGUCGCAUUAGGCAUGGGCGCAGAUAGAGGGCUCCACAUUGCUGUCCCAAAUGGGGACGCCGAGCUCCAGCCUUUAGCCGUCGCCUCCAUUUUGAAGACCAUUGUCGAGAAGGAGAAACCAGAUGUCGUAAUCCUGGGGAAGCAGUCGAUCGAUGGGGAUAAUAAUCAGACUGGUCAGAUGCUCGCUGGGAUGCUUGGUUGGCCGCAGGGAACAUUUGCUAGCCAGGUUGAAGUCGAUCCCGCAGAGAAUUCCCUGAAUGUGACCAGGGAAGUCGACGGUGGGCUCGAGACCGUCGCAUUAGGACUUCCAGCAGUCGUUACAUGUGAUUUGCGAUUAAACGAACCGCGGUUCGCCACACUGCCGAAUAUGAUGAAGGCGAAGAAGAAGAAGAUCGAAACUACAGAUGUGUCAAGUCUAGACAUCGACGUUGCGCCUAGAAUAGAAAUCUUACACGUGUCCGAACCUCCGAAACGAGCACAAGGAGUCUUCGUCAACGACGUAGAUGAGCUUGUAGACAAGCUUCACCGAGAAGCGAACGUAUUGUGAAUAGUGACCAUUCUGUAAAUUGUAUAUAUGUAUCAGUCACCCCA